AUGGUCGCCCCUUCAGUUUCGUCCGCGCAGGCCGCGAUGGUUGGCAAGUUCAUCGACAACGGCUCUCUCCGUCUCCUCGACAUCAUCGGCUGCGGCGGCUUCGGCGCCGUCUUCCGCGCAUUCGAGCCUCAAGUCCAGUCCACCGACAACAAGCUCUACGCCGUCAAGGUCGUCGCGAAGAAGAAAGAGGGCAGCGGCCGCCUGUCGCAGCUUCGGGAGCUCGCCUUUCACAUGGAGGUCGCGUUUCACCCGCACAUCGUCUCGUUCCACCGCGCGUUCUCCGACUCUGAGUACCGGUACAUCGUCCUGGACAACGUCUCUGGCGGCGACUUGUUCUCCGCUAUCACCGAGAAGGCGAUCUAUCUCUGCGAGGAAGAACUGACGAAGAUGGUGUUCUUGCAGCUCAUCGACGCUCUGGCGUUCUGUCACGCGAAGGGCAUCUUUCACCGCGACAUAAAGCCUGAGAAUGUCUUAGUCUCUGCCGACGGCCGACACUGGUAUCUCUCGGACUUUGGGCUGGCGACGGAUAGCGAGCGGAGUGCAUCGUUCAAGAUGGGGAGUAAAGGGUACAUGAGUCCUGAGGUCAUCAACGCAAACAAACAAGUCAAGUUCUACUGCCCGCGCUUGAACGACAUCUGGGCUCUAGGCGCAGUCUUCAUCAACGUUCUCGCAUCCUGCGGCCUGUGGGAAGAAGCCGUCAUGACCGACUAUCACUACAACUUCUACCUCCGUAACCGGGACUACAUUCACUACGCCCUACCCGUCACCAAAUCCGCAAGUAGCGUCAUCCGUCGUAUCCUCGAGCCUAUCCCCGAACAGCGCAUCUCACUUGAAGACUUGCGCGUCGCGAUCGCGGAGGUCGAUAGAUUCUAUCCCUCCGUAUCAGAGUUGCGGCGCGCAGAGCCGAGCGUGAUUGCCAUCUCCGACAAGUACAUUGCCAUACGCGUCAAGGCGCUCGAGGCGCAGUUCGACAGGCGAUACGCUGCGGAGCGCUCGUUGGGCCAUGUCAAGGACGGUUACUUCGAGGAGGACGCGUCUUUGGUGUAUCUGGCUACUCCUUCUGGCACGACUGCCGCUGCUUCGCCACCGGCCGACAUCGAUGCCUCUCAGAGGAUGCGUGUGGGUCUGUGUGCCGCCGCCGCAGACGUUAUGGCUACACGAGAGCAGGACGCAUACGUGAAUGAUCGACCCCCGACGGGUCUCAACCCUAGCCCUGCUCCUCCUUCUCCCCCAGCGGCACCCCCAAACGCGCCCUUCCCUACGCCACCGAUCACGCCGCCGACCACCGCCCCGAUGCCAGCGCUCUCUCCAGACUUUCAGCCCGCCGCGGCGCCGUCCGUGGGCCAUUCCGACGGCCCGGAGACGCCCGAGACCCAUGCCGUGCAAAAUGCCAACCUAGCGCCCGGCGCGCGCUCUUUCGAGGAGCUUGUUCUCGCUUUGUCUGGAAACCAGUACCGCGCGGAGGGAUGCUCGACGCAUACGAAGGCCGUCGCUAUCCCUGCCCCGCGCGCCUCGCGCUAUGCGGAGGCACAGCAUUGA